GCCGCCGACGUCUCGCUGAGCUACGAGGACCCGGCCGGCCGCGUCCUGGAGCUCUGCAACCUGCGCCAGCCGGCAAACUUCGCGCAGUUCUGCCGCAGGGCAAAUGUCACAAAGAAGAUCGGGGAAGGCGUGUACGGCGAGGUUUUCCUCACCGGGAACAAAUCAGCCCACAUGUCCGUCUUAAAAGUCAUGCCGAUCGAGGGAGACUUCGAGGUCAAUGCCGCCGCCCAGAAGAGCUACGGCGAGGUGCUGUCGGAGCUGGUGAUCUCAAAGUCGCUGAGUGACCUGCAUGCCGGCGUGCGGUCGUCGACCGAGGGCUUCGUCCGGCUGCUCUCAUGUCACGUGGUGCGCGGCGCCUACCCGUCCCGCCUGCGCCAGCUCUGGGAGAAGUUCGACCGCGAGAAGGGCUCGGAGAACGAGCACCCGCGCCUGUUCCUGGCCGGCCAGCUGUUCCUGGUGCUCGAAUACUCGCACGCCGGCCAGGACCUCGAGCACUUCCAGUUCAGCGACGUGGACCAGGCGAUAGCGGCGUUCAUGCAG